AUGACCUCUCCGUUGAGCCACGAUGGUCUUCCCCUUGAACUUGUGCUGGCAAUCAUAGACCGAGUAGAAGACGACGAAGAUCUUUUACUUCUUGCCAGAGCAUCACGGCUCCUCAAUCAAUUUUCGCUGGCAGCUUUCUUCGCGCGCAACGAUUUUGAUCCCGCUCCCAGAAGUCUUCUGUUGGGCACAUCCGAUGGCUCCAUGAAGCAUUUGACGGGCCUGGUAGCCUCUCUAAGAACCAAUGGCGCGUCACUGGAACAUCUUUCCUACGACUUUGGGUUCAUUAACCACACCAACCACCUCAUCAGAGAGGUCAGAUUGCUUAGACAAUUUGUGAGCAAGCUCUCGACAGUGGACAGAGUUACCCUCCGUUUGGCAACAUAUUUUACCGGGGAUCCCAAUCAAUGGAGAUCCGAGAGCAUCGUUCUCCUUCGUACGGUCCUUCAGAAGUCGUGUAAGAACAUUCACAUCACGACAUCGCAACUUUCGUCUUUUUAUGAAGAGCCAAAAACACUGCGUUCACCCAAGCCCUCGGAAUGGCUAAACAACUACUGGCCGGAGGAAGUAGCACCUUUUUUGAAGGAAUCCGGUCACUUGAAAACUUGUUUCAUUCAAACCUUUCCCACCUUUCUCAGGCCAUUCUAUUACCAUACACUGAAAUGCAACGCCUCCACAUUGACCGACCUUUCAUUCAAAAAUAUUUUCGGUGGAGGUUCCGACUGGGCAACAAUGAUUGCAAACAUCCACUUCCCUCGUCUCACCCGCCUGGCCAUUAUAUACGGAGUCAUCCCCCGCCAGCCCUUGGUCAAAUUCCUAACGAAGCAUCCAAAUAUUCAAGAGCUUGAAUACCAUCGUAUUCGAUAUGACCCUGUCCCGAAACACCCCGCUCGACUAAGCUCUGCUGUCUUCGAGCAUCUUCGCUCUCUUGUCACCACCCCAGAACAUAUUCUCAACUUCUUUCCCUCCAUGGAAAAAAUGGUAGCUCUCACAAAUCUUUCUAUCAAAAUCGAAGAGAAAGUGACUAGCUUCAGUGCGCUAGAGGGUGCACUAAAAUGCCUGGCUGGCUGUGUGAAUAAGAUUACCCUGACUCUCGAAGUCACCCGCACUGGGCUUGGUUUUGGGGUCUGGCUAAACACUAUCAUGCGCACAGGAUUGAACUCAUCAGGAAGACCAGAAUGUCGUUUACAGUGCGUGGAGACCCUAGUGAUGGACAAUGGGGAUUGGGGAUUCACCGAUGACCUUAUCCUUUCCCGUCUUCCUUCUUGGAUAAGAUUGUUCCCCGCUCUGCGAGUUUUAACUCUUAAGAAGGAGGCGAGUUAUUCUGCACUUCGGUCACACAGCCAAUCGACUCUGGAUGGCGCCGACUCUGACUCGGAUUCCACUUUGGAUAGACUUAAAGACGCCUGUCCAGGAAUUUAUAUUGAAUGGGGCCCAUAA